AUGGCGAGGAAGCCAACUAAGCCUUCACCGAAACUACCAUCAUUUUCCAAGUGUCUACCACCUGCCGUUAUGAUGCAUUACAAUGGACCAUCUCACUGCAAAUGUGCCCUUAGAGGCCCUACUGGAAAAUGGUGGGCAGUGGGUUUGGAAGAGAUGAAGGAUGAGUUUUACUUCUAUGAGGGUUGGCGGCGUUUCGUGACAGAUCAUUCCUUAAAAGUUGGAUACUUUUUGGUGUUUGAUCAUCAAGGUGGCUCAAAGUUUGAUGUUACAAUCUAUCAUCCAAUGGGUUGUGGCAUGAGGAGAAGUAUAGACAACUCUGUUAGGCCUAGAAAGAAACCUGCAAUUGCUGCUGUUGUGGAAGAAACAUUAACUGGAUCCAUCGUGUUCAAAUCAAAGCAUCCAUGCUUCAUGGGAAUUCUGGGCAAGAACCAAUACCGCAUGAACAUCCCAAAGGAGCUAGCUGUAGCUGAAGGCCUCAUUGGAAAGGAAAGGGUGAUGCUUAAAGAUCCAAAUGGGAGAUCAUGGAACAUUAAGCUUAGGCUCGACACAAAUCAGCAUCAUGGUGGUCGUUUGCUCAUGACACAAGGGUUGGUAGCAUGUUGGCAAGCGAACAACAUUUCGCUCGAGGAUACUGUUGAUACUUUUUUUGGGAUGGUCAACUUAGAUAGAGGAAGAAUGGUGGAUGAUGGGUAA